UUAUUUAUUUAUUUUUUUUUAUUAAUAAAAGCCUUUUUAUUUCUGAUCUUCCAGAAUUGAAAGGUGGAACUGGAUAAACCGAUACAGGCCAAAACUGAGUCAUCAAACAAGCUAGACAAAUUCAACUUUUUUCCUCGCUCUUAAUCUUAUUCAGUAGAUUUAAAAGUUGAUUUCUUCAAAAGCCGAGUCAACCGCAUCCCAUUUACAAUCAUAAUAAUCCCUCCUACUUUAUCAGUUCUCGCAAUCUCUUUCUUUGUUAACCUUUUUAAGAAAUCCAAAAAAUUAUGGCGAAACAUGAAGAUCAACCAGUCCCAAUCUACUCUUCUUUAAAACCUGUUUAUGGAGAUGGUUCUCAACUCGAAGAAGCCAACCUUCGUUUCGAUAAAAUUAAAUCUAAAUUCCAAGAAUUCUUCUCUCACCCUCCUGAUAUUUUCGCUCGAUCUCCAGGAAGAGUUAAUUUGAUCGGAGAGCAUAUUGAUUAUGAGGGAUACUCUGUGUUACCCAUGGCAAUCAGACAAGAUACAAUUGUAGCAAUUAGAAAGAGAAGUGAGGAUGACGAGAAGAUUCUUCGAAUUGCUAAUCUCAAUGAUAUGAAAUACUCAAUGUGCACUUAUCCUGCUGAUCCUCACCAGGAACUUGAUUUGAAGAAUCUCAAAUGGGGUCAUUAUUUCAUUUGUGGGUAUAAAGGGUAUUAUGAAUACGCUAAAUCAAAAGGUGUAGAUGUUGGUGAACCAGUAGGUUUUGAUAUCCUGGUGGAUGGAACUGUUCCAACUGGCUCUGGACUAUCAAGCUCCGCAGCAUUUGUUUGCUCUUCUACAAUUGCUAUAAUGGCUGCUUUUGGGAUGAACUUCCCUAAGAAAGAAAUCGCACAACUUACUUGUGAAUGUGAGCGCCACAUUGGGACGCAGUCUGGUGGAAUGGAUCAGGCGAUAUCAGUUAUGGCCCAGACAGGAUUCGCUGAGUUGAUAGAUUUUAAUCCCAUCCGUGCAACUGACGUAAAGCUUCCACGUGGGGGAUCAUUUGUAAUAGCUCAUUCAUUGGCAGAAUCUCAAAAAGCUGUGACUGCUGCAACGAAUUACAACAACCGUGUUGUUGAAUGCAGGCUUGCUGCUAUUUUGUUGGGAAUUAAACUUGGAAUGGACCCAAAAGAGGCAACAUCCAAAGUCAAAACUCUUUCUGAUGUUGAGGGUCUCUGUGUAUCCUUUGCUGGCAAUCAUGGAUCCACUGAUCCCGUUCUAGCUGUCAAGGAGCAUUUGAAAGAGGAACCAUAUACUGCUACAGAUAUUGAGAUGAUCACUAAUGAGAGGCUGCAGUCAAUCUUCAGUAACUCCCCAACGUCUUUGGAUGUUGUGAAGGCAGCCCAACAUUUUAAGCUGCAUCAGAGGGCAGUUCAUGUUUACUCUGAAGCUAAGAGGGUCCAUGCUUUCAAGGAUACAGUGUCAUCAAAUUUCAGUGAAGAGGAUAUGCUUAAGAAGCUUGGAGACCUGAUGAAUGAGAGUCACUACAGCUGCAGUGUUCUCUACGAAUGCAGCUGUCCUGAGUUGGAAGAGCUUGUGAAAGUUGCUCGCGACAAUGGUGCUCUUGGAUCAAGGUUGACAGGUGCUGGAUGGGGUGGUUGCACAGUUUCUUUAGUACGAGAAAAUACAGUGCCACAAUUCAUUCUUGAGUUGAAGGAGCAUUUCUAUCAAUUGAGAAUCGAUAGAGGUUUAAUAAGCAACAAUGACCUUGGUCUUUAUGUUUUUGCAUCAAAGCCUUCUAGUGGAGCUGCAGUCUUCAAGUUUUAGUCCUUCAUUAUUGCAACUAUGUUUCUUUUAUUUUUGUAGUAUUUUUUAAAAUUUGCUAUAUUGUGGGUUUCUAUGGGAGCUUUCAAUCAGAAAGUUAGCAAUCUUAAAGGGGCUGAGCUUUCAAAGCUAUCUAGUGGAGUUUUCAAUAUUUGUGGAAGCCCAAAAUCUGCGUUUUAGUCUAUUUAUGUUAUACAUUAGUCAUUAAAUAUACGAUGAAAUAUUGAAAAUACAAGGUGUUGGUUAUUUGGUCCAAGGUUUGUGUACGCAUUAUGUAUGGACUAUGAUCUCUCUAUAUUUAUGUGUUCA